AUGGGUCACGUCGACCUACGUCGACACCUUCUAAUAUUUCAUCUAUGGCUGAUAUCGACGCUGAAAUGUGCGCCAGCGGCGAGUCAGGACGAAAUUCAAAAAUUCACGAUUCAAAUGAUUGGCUACUCGCCAACAAAGAACGAUGAUUAUGUGGCGGUUUCACGAGAGGCGAUUCCCGGAUACAUUGUCGGAUUCGAACCGAUGGCGCACGCUGACCGCAUCCAUCACAUCCUCCUCUACGGCUGCACGACGCCGGCGCGCGACGACGGAUUCUGGAAGGGAAUGGAGACGUGCGGUUGGGGCGGCGGCAGCUAUAUUUUGUACGCGUGGGCGCGAAACGCGCCGAAUCUCGUGCUUCCGAAAGACGUGGCGUUCAGCGUCGGCCACGACGACGACGGCAUCAAGUACUUCGUGCUUCAGGUGCAUUACGCUCAGCCGUUCGCCGGCGAGGUGCACGACUUCUCCGGCGUCACACUUCAUCUCACGCAACGCCAACCGUCGAAUCUCGCCGCGGUGAUGCUGUUCGUCAGCGGCACACCGAUACCGCCGGGUCGUCGCCAAUUCCAGAACAACGUGACGUGCGUCUACGAGGCGACGACGCCGAUUCAUCCGUUCGCGUUUCGAACGCACACGCACGCGAUGGGACGCGUCGUGUCGGCGUAUUAUCGACACGACGGCCGUUGGACGAAGAUCGGCGCGCGCAAUCCGCAAUGGCCGCAAUUGUUCGAGGCGAUACCGAGCCGAUUGACGAUAUCGGCCGGCGAUCAGAUGUCGGCGUCGUGUCGAUUCGAUUCGCACGACAAGAAUGUCACCAUCACAAUGGGUUCGAUGGGCUCCAACGAGAUGUGCAACUUCUAUAUGAUGUUCCAUUGGAGCUCGAAAAUGCCGAAUCCGUUUCCGCAAGGCGCGAUUUGUGCGCAAGACAUGCCGAAUUUGAUGAAGGACUAUCCGCAAGAGGGCUUCGAGCUGCUUCCGCCUCGGCCCGAACUCGAACAUCACGCCCAUCAGAGCACGACGCCGUUUGGAAUUGUCGAGAUGGCGAAAUUGGCGAAUUUGGGCGACGUGCGACUCGGCCAAGUCGCCGGUUUGGCUUUUGACAAUCGCGACAAUCUUCUCGUGUUCCAUCGAUCGACACGCGUCUGGGAUAUGAACACAUUUGACAAUUACAAUAGAAUGCUCGACAAAACGCCGAUUAAUGAUCACACCAUUCUCAUGGUGUCUUACGACAAACAUUCAAACACCACCAAUGUGAUCAAGAAGCUUGGAAAAGGAUUAUUCUAUCUUCCUCACGGAAUCUACGUAGACAAGGAGGAUUACGUGUACACAACGGACGUCGGCGCGCACACGGUCGCCAAAUGGCAAAUCGACGGCGACACGCUGAAAUUGAUUUGGCGAAGCGGUGAGCUUCUCGUGCCGGGUCCCGACGCGAAUCACUAUUGCAAACCGACGGCGAUAACCCGCGUCGGCGAUCAGCUCUUUGUCACCGAUGGCUACUGUAACAGUCGUGUCGUUGUGUUGGAUUUGAACGGAAAAUACGUGCGUCAAUUCGGACUGCCUGGCGAUGAGCACGGCCAGUUCAACGUGCCGCACGACAUCGUCUCGGACGCGAAUGGCCGCCUACUCGUGGCCGAUCGCGAGAAUGGCCGAGUUCAGCAAUUCAACACGCAAGGCCACUUUUUAAGCGAAUUCAAAUCAUCAAUGUUCACCAAUAUCUAUUCAGUGGCAAGCCAUGAGGAUUACGUGUUCAUGGUGCCGGGGCGAAUGAAUCCCAAUCAUCGUCAAGACGGCCUAUCGGUGUUCGUCGGCCGCGCGGGCACCGGCCUCAUCGAAUUCGCGUUCGGACCGAAAUUGCGCGGCCGUCGCGAGCAACUCGCGGCGCAAUUCGGCCAACCGCACGCGAUGCGCGUUUCAACCGACGGCGAUCACAUCUUCAUCGGCGACAUCGCCGAAGGCCAACCAAUGUUGUGGCAUUUCAAAAUUCAACACGAGACCCAACCGCCAUCAUCAUCGAGCGCCGACGUCUAUUGGCCGCGCGUCGGCGGCGCCGCCGCCGCCGUCGGCAGCGGCUUCAACGCGUUCGUCGUCAUCGUCGCCGUCGGAAUUCUCGCGUUCGGCUUCAUGUGCGUUCGACGACGUCUACGAAACCUGACGAAUGGCGGAAUCGCUUUCGACAAGAAGGGAUUCAAACCAUUGCGCACUGAGGAAACCGUCGGCUUCAUCAGCGACGCAUCGGACAGCGAUUAA